UCUUUUUGAAAUUUUAACCCCCCAUGUGACCUCUAUGAUUUCAGGUGCUACUUGUGAGCAGUAGUCGCCAUCCAGACCGAUGGAUUGUCCCCGGAGGAGGCAUGGAGCCUGAGGAGGAGCCAAGCGUGGCAGCAGUCCGUGAAGUCUGUGAGGAGGCUGGCGUAAAAGGGACAUUGGGAAGAUUAGUUGGAAUUUUUGAGAACCAGGAGAGGAAGCACAGGACGUAUGUCUAUGUGCUCAUUGUCACGGAAGUGCUGGAAGACUGGGAAGACUCAGUUAACAUUGGAAGGAAGAGGGAAUGGUUUAAAAUAGAAGAUGCCAUAAAAGUGCUGCAGUAUCACAAACCCGUGCAGGCAUCAUAUUUUGAAACGUUGAGGCAAGGCUACUCAGCCAACAAUGGCACCCCGGUCGUGGCCACCACAUACUCAGUUUCUGCUCAGAGCUCAAUGUCAGGCAUCAGAUGACUGAAGACUUCCUGUAAGAGAAAUGGAAAUUGGAAACUAGACUGAAAUGCAGAUCUUCCCUCUCACCCUGGCUCUCUUCACCUCUCCUCACAGGCCUCCUCUUUCAAAUAAGGCAUGAUGGGCAGCAGAGAAAGGGUGUAUUGACAAUGUUACUGUUUGGUGUUAAGUGAUGGGGCUUUUUCUUCUCUUUUUAUUGAGGGGGUGGGCUUGGGUAUGUAAUUUGUAAGUACUUUUGUGCAUGAUCUGUCCCUCCCUUUUCAUACCUCUCCAGUCCUCUGAAGCAAGGCAAACAACCUAUAUCCCCUGCCUUGGAUUCUGAAGUGUUCCUGUUUGUCUCAUUCCAGCCCUGGCCAGACAUUUUUCUUUGAUUUUUAACUUUUUUUUUUUUAUUAAGAGAUACCAAUGUGAGAUGAAACCUUCCAAAAAUUUGCCCUAUACUGUGCUGUUCAGUCCAGUAGGUUGGUCAUUUUCACUACAGGAUGCAUUUAUCUACACAUUAUAUACUGGACAUAUAAUAUGUAAAUAAAUGACUUUUAGAAGGAGAAAUUUAACUUUAAUUUUUUAGGUUUUUUUUUUUUAAUUCUGGUGUUUGUGGAAUAGAGAGCCUCACAAUUAAUUUACUUUUUUGUUUUUUUGUUUUUGAUGCUAGUGGCUAGGCAAGUUUACCUGCCCUCUCUCUAUUUCCCAGACAUUUGACUGUAGUUAUGUAGGGUGCAGGAAGAGUGCUACCUUCAAAGUGCUCCCUGGACUCAUGGGUGCCUCUUCUCCAAGCUGUGUUUCCAUGCCAAGAAAUAAACAGGAAUAAACCCAUUUUCUUUCUUAUUACCAGGCCGGGAGCAAAUGGCCUCAGCCCAGAUCCAGAGAAAUGAUAGAAAUUGGAUUCUGCCCUACAUGUUGACAAUAGGGUUGAACUGGAUUCUUGGGAUUAUUAUCUAAAAAACUGGAACAUCAAGCACCGUUUCUAUCCUUCUGGUUUGGAAUUUUUUCCAUAAUACUUAUUGCUGACAACGGCUUCUCUUCUUGUCCAUAUAUGCCUUACACCAUGCUGAACUGGAUAUUGUCCUUGUGCUCUGAACCAUCCAGCUGUACUUGAAAGUGCAGUUGCAUAGUCCUGUCCCAGUACUGGGUAACCAUGUUAAGUUUCUGAAAAGUACACAGGGGGGAAAUUCAGGUGUUUGCUUGUCUUUACAAUGUUGUAGCACUUGUGAUUGCACCAUGGAACAUGCUCAGAAAUAUUAAAUUGGUCUCCCACUAGGACAUGAAAGGUCUGUCUUUUGCUAAGAAGUGCUCUAGCCAGGCCAUGUAAUCAUUUACUAGAGCAGCUAGGUAAUGUAUUGGCUCACUGCAGACUCUUUUGUUGGCUUUUGAUACAGGUUUCAUGCUGGCUUCUUUUGCCAAUUGUGUUGUUUAGUUGGGAAGUAAAAGGGUCUUGAGGUGGGGGUUGGGGGAAGGAGACACCAAUUGAUCCCUGGCUUGGGACAAGAGAUUGUUGCUAUACUCUUAGUGGCAUCUCCUUUGUCAAAACACAGCCAAGAUGUGAAGUAAAAUCAUAGUUCUCUUUAUUUAAAAAUUCUAAUAAGUACU